AUGCCAUCGAUACAGAUCCAGUCUGAGCUAUGCUCCACGGACCGCGAGAUUGAUUUGGAUCUCAGUUGGAACCAACUAUGCGAAAGAUUGAGUCAAUUGAGUGGGGUACUGCCGUCGGAUAUGGAACUAAGGUUUGAGUUUGGAGAUGGUAGUAGCGAAACUGUUGCAGCUCCUGGUAUUAAGAUUGGGCCCUUUGGAAAAGCUUUGAAACAAGCUCCUACGUUGAUUCACAUCACAGAUGUGAAUAUUGGGUCUUUGGCUCACGAAUUAGCGCAGGAUUUCGCGAGAUCCGAAAACGAUUCGAAUUCGUCAUCAAAACAUUUCACGCUUUCUGAUGAAGACUACAAAAAUAGAAAGAACUCCGUGCUGCAGUGGAAAAAGGACCAAGGGCUUGGCAGUUACGAUCCGCAGUACCGUGCCAAACUGGAUCAGGAAAAACAACGACAGGAAGAAUCGAUGCGCGGUCUCACCUUGAACGAGCGAUGUCAAGUUUCCAGUAACAAUAGCACUUUAGAAAGAAGAGGUUGGUUACGAUACGUAGGAAGUUUGCCUCAAAGUGGAGGAUUAUGGUGUGGUAUAGAGUUUGACGAGCCCUGUGGGAAAAACGAUGGUACACUCAACGGGGAAGUAAUUUUCGGGCCUGUUAAACCCUUCUAUGGAGGAUUUGUCAAACCCACUACUGUAAAAACCUCUGCAGAGUUUCAACCACUGGAUAUUGGGCUAGAAUCCGAUGAUGACGAUGAGCUAUAA